GUCAGUGCUUACGCGUCACGCACUGUAGCAACGUCGUGCUGCAAACGAAAAGCUGCAGGAUAAUAAAUUCCUUUGCAGUAUUUUGUGCUUUUUUCUUGGUCACGAGGGGGUGCUCUGCCAUGGACCCCAAAUCACGCACUAUUUGACCCCACUGCAGUGUGAUGUGGGAAUAAAUUUAGGAAGAAAAAGGAAAAGUCUCGCACAAAGUUGAUCUUACAAAGAUCACAGCUAUAGAGCCAAAGAAGAGAACGGUGGAUUUAGUUAAUGUGGAUUGUGGGUGAAAUUUGGUGAUUUGUGGACUAAUCAGCGGCGCUUUUGGAGCGCUGUGAGGUCACAAAGUGAUCGCAAUGGGGGCAACAGUGACCCCCUGGCCAGCAUCUGUUAUGGAUCGCACCAUAUCGCUGGAUGACAUGCCACACAAAGGUUUAGAUUGGGACCAUCAAUUUGGUCACAGCGGGGUCAAUCAACUGGGUGGUGUUUUCGUGGGUGGACGCCCACUUCCGGAUUCCACGCGCCAAAAAAUUGUGGAGCUGGCACAUUCGGGUGCCCGUCCGUGUGACAUCUCUCGCAUCCUCCAGGUAUCCAAUGGUUGUGUCAGCAAGAUCUUAGGCAGGUACUACGAGACCGGAUCCAUUCGUCCACGUGCAAUUGGUGGUUCAAAACCACGCGUAGCAACAACGGAGGUCGUUAAUAAAAUAUCACUCUACAAACGAGAAUGUCCCAGCAUAUUUGCCUGGGAGAUCCGCGAUAGACUCCUGCAGGAUGGCAUUUGUACCAAUGACAAUAUCCCAAGUGUGUCCUCGAUAAAUCGUGUCUUAAGGAACCUGGCGGCGCAGAAGGAGCAACAGACGCAACUUCCACAACCUUCGCAGCAUGAACUGCAGCAAUCCGAAGCGGUAUGCGAUAAGCUACGACUUUUCAAUGGUCAUCAAGCGGUUUCGGCUCCUCCUACACCUUCCACAUGUUGGCCCCGACCAGCACCGUGGUACCCAUCACCCAUUGCCACAUUUUCCCUCACCACAACCCCCACUGGGAGCUCCACUGUACUCCCUGAUGCCGUCCUAGCCACAAGAAGUAGAAAAGAUUUCGAUGGUCAGCACUCAGAUGAAACGGGAAGUGGUGAGGGUGAGAACUCAAAUGCAGGCUCAACGCCGGGUGCGGACGAUGACCAGGCGCGCCUCCGGCUAAAGAGGAAACUUCAGCGGAAUCGGACAAGCUUUACCAAUGACCAAAUAGACAAUCUGGAGAAUGAAUUCGAACGGACACACUAUCCGGAUGUUUUCGCGCGGGAGCGUCUGGCGGCAAAAAUUGGGCUGCCGGAAGCACGAAUUCAGGUGUGGUUCUCGAAUCGACGCGCAAAGUGGCGACGCGAGGAGAAGCUGCGCAACCAGAGGCGUACGCCCCCCAGUGCAGGCGCACAGAGUGCAAUUGAGGCACAGGGAGAUUGUGCCCUCGGUGACCUUCAGGCGGUCCCCACUGGGGCCACGACCCACCUACCCCCCUCACCGCGUGUUAACAUCAAUGCAACGCCUUUCGCACCGCCGAUCAAUUGCUCCAUGUACACAUCCCUGCCCAUGGCCAUGACGGAUACAUAUAGUAUGUCACCUAUGGUGAGCUUUACACAUCAAGCAAUGCCCCCAUCACCAACGAUUGGGAUGGGAAGUGCAUGCCAAGGAAGGGAUUUAUCAUCACCAUACCAAUGCCAAAUGGUUAGGACGUCCAUUGGACCCGUACCACCAUUGCAUCAUGCUACAAAUGCCCCCGCUAAUAUCACCUACGACCUCCCGUUAACCUUCUCAGCCUCAUCGCGACACUGCAGUACAACACAUUCCUGCUACACGCUAAAUGCAGGAACUUCCUACCCACCCAAUACCGUUGCCUCAGCGGUCACGUCAGGAGUCACAGGGGCACAGUACCCAGACUUAGUAUUCCCACCCACGGAUUCACGAGCCUGGUGCUGUUCAUCCGUGGAAACUGAGUCAGAUAAGGCACACCGCAGUGUCCUUUUGCCGCACUGAGCUCAUCAUCAUCACACUGAGCAUCCCUCUGCCGUCCAAGACGCAGAUUUCCGUAGCUCCAAUGUACACAAAGGGAUGGCUAUCACACCCUCAUCACCCCCACAUCCCAUAAGCCCCAACAUCCCCACGUAAAAACCCAAAUGUGUUUUGGCAAUGACGUUGAAGUAUGUAUAAAAUAAAUAUUUUUAUGAAAAUUCGG